AUGCAUUCCGAUGGCAUAGAAUUUGAUAAAGGCGAUGAGCGUACCAUAUGGAGGAAGAUAUUCCUAUCCGGAAUAUUCCAAGCCCCCAUUCCACCUCAAUAUUGGGUAAUUGAUGCCCUUGACGAGUUUCUCAGUGAGCUCUUGAACGUGCAUGGCCAGGAAGACAUCAACCGUGUCUUGGAAGAGGUGCCACAAGAGAUGGAACCGUUGUAUUCCAGAAUACUCGAAACAAUGUCAGGGGCAAAACAUGGAAAGCAAUUAGCCCAAGCGAUUCUAGCUUGGUCAAUUUGCGCUCAGCGGCCGUUGACUGUACCGGAGCUUGAGUCUGCUCUGAAUCUUGAUCUUAGUGAUACCUUUCUACACUUCAGAAGGAGUAUCAAAGAUACGUGUGGCCAGCUUGUGAGCAUCGAUGGGUUUGGGAGGGUCCAAAUAGUGCAUGCGACAGCCCGGGAAUUCCUCGUGAAGCAUGGUUUGCAGUCUGAGUUUGCCAUCAAUGUGGAGGAAACGCACACUCGGAUCGCUAAAACAUGUCUCCUCUACCUUACGGGCCCAGAGAUGGAACCUCCUCCACCUCGCAUGCGCACUUCGGCUUCGUUGGCGCGGAAAAUUAGAUCUGAAUUCACUGUUUAUGCCAUUCACUCAUUUUCGGACCAUCUGGCUUAUUCUAGCCCGACUGCAGAUGACGUACUUGGCCUUCUGGACACCUUCCUGAGUAAGAAUAUACUCUCCUGGAUUCAGGCUGUUGCCGAGAACCAGGACCUCACGCCGAUGUUCAAUGUCUCCAAGAACCUUAGCACGUAUCUUGACAACCUUUUACGUGCUCGACCUUUGGGGGAAAGUAGAAAGCAGGCUAUUUGGGGCUGGUCGAAAGAUCUCAUCCGGAUCCCAACAAAAUUUGGCGACGCUAUGUUGAGCUCACCAGCCGCGGUGCAUCAGGUAGUCUUUCCAUUUUGCCCGACGGAAUCCGCUGCGUUCAGGGCAGUGAUCAGCGACAAAGAGGCCUUGAGUCGGGGAAAUCUGAGCACCACUGAGCGAUUAAAGACAUAUCAGUUCGAAGCCCGUGGAACUUUUUGGAAACGGAUGGUUGGUUUCUUCUUAGCUGUAUUACAGUAUUCAGUAGCCGUCCUAAGCUGGCCGGCUUGGAUAUACGAUAUUGUAUUCCAAUCCCGCCCCAAAGAACCGAAGGUGGACCAAUCAACAGCCACCAGAAAUAAUAUGCUCUCGUUCGUUGGAUAUUCGAACACUAGGUGGGAUGAACUAUUCUGUUGCAUUAAAUUCAUAGGCAAAUCAAGAGCAAGGGUGAUAGGGCACGGAGACGAGCAUUUCGCAAUUGGCUUUAACUCAGGGUUAAUCAUACUCUACGAAGCAGCUACUUACCAGCAGUACAGAACUCUUGAUCAUGGCCUGAAAUCUCUAAAGAAUCUGGUAUUUCAACGGGGAACAGAUCUAAUGGCAUCGCACUCGUGUUCGCUGUGGGACUGCGGCACGGUCAGGGUUUGGAAUAUUCGCAGCGGGGAAAUUAUCCAUCAAUUUGAAUUCAUUGAGGUUCUCUUCUGGCUCAGCUUCUACAAGAAUUCUCUUUUAGUCGUUUGGCGCAGUGGGGACUGUGUUUCAUCUUGGAGCUUGACGGAUGGAUCCUCCCAGCCUGAUCGGCCGUUCGAUCAACUUAAAAGAGAAGCUGUGGGUAGGAAGCGAGGAGGUGUUUCGUGCAUGUCAAUGUCGCCUGAUAGGAAAACAUUGGCCAUCGCUUAUCACAGGGCCGCAGGUGACAAAAAAAGUUGGCCCAUUACGCUGUGGGACCUCGAAGACGAUACAAACAUUGGGAAUUGUGGGAAAGAGAGCGAUGAAAUGGAUGUCCAAUGUCUUCUUUUCAACCCGGAUCCCAACUGUGAGCUGCUCGCAGUACAUUACAAUUCACAACCGGAUGGAGAGCUCAUUAUUCUCAAACCCAUUACCAAUAAAAUCCUUGAAAUGGUACCCGCAGGGACGGGCGUCAAAUGUCUCUCCUCUAGCCCCGAUAGCCAUAUACUUUUGCGUGCAUGUAGCGAUCGCCAUAUCGUCGUUCACGAAUUCAAGACCUUAAACGUUUUAUACUUCAUUAAGACAGGAUGCUUUGACUAUAGUUCCGUCAGCUUCGGAAAUGAUAAUUUUUAUUUUUCCGAAUGCAAUGAACUCUACUGUAAUGUUUGGGAACCGGCAGUGCUGCGCCAGAAACGACAACCAGGCGUUGCCUGGACCAAGCCCAGUGUAGAGUCCGCGGUGGCCAAUGGACUUCUUUCGAUUUGUUCUAUGACCGUCGAUCCACCCGGAAAAUUUGCAUUUUGCGGCACCAACGACGCCUCCGUUCUCCGAUACGAGUUAGAAACCGGAAGCCUGGUGUGCCCGUUCUACAAGCUCGGUGAAAACAUUGUCCAUGCUGUUGGCUGGUGGCCAAAGGGCGAGGUCCUUAUAGCUUUCCAUACAAAGGAUUAUAAAAACGGCUGGUUAACGUCUACCAAAUUGAAGAAGACUGCACACUGGGAAAAGGAAGGCUGGGAAGCUGAAAGGAACGGGGGCUUCUUGGUUAAACUCCCUCAUGACGAAUUUGGUAGUUGUCAACUUUUAAUCAGCCCGUACGACGGAAAAUGCUUGUUUUCAACCACAAAAAGAUCCUAUCUCGUAUCUGUUGACGGGAAAAUACAGUUUGCCAAAGAAUUGAGUGAGAUACGAUGGAUUCAACAUCCGUCCUCACCAGCUCAUAUAAUUGGCGUAGAAGGAGUCAGCGGUGGAAGGAGCAUUAUAAGUAUCUACAGCUGGAGUGACUUGACACCCCAAGCCUACGUUUCCUCUGACACUGACCUUCGCCCCUCUGCAACCUCACCUACGGACUUCUAUAGCAUUUGUGGGAACCAAAUGGUUGUCCACUUGAGAAACGCCGGUGUGAAUAAUUUGCAACACGCUUAUUGUUUCGACUGGCCGUGUUUAAAGGCCGAGAGCGUCUCGAACAAUGAUAUUAUUCCUCGCAUGGCGCCCAUUGCUUUAUCAGAAACAAUCCACCUCGUGCUCGGGAUUUGGGAAUCAAAGCUCAUCUUCUGCAAUAAGGAUGGAUGGGUCUGCUCUUUUCCGUUAGAAGACAUUCACGGCACCUACCAACGCCAUUUUUUCAUUCCCAGGGAUUGGAUUAACGAGGGUCACGCUCUUUAUGCUGUCACAGCGGUGGGUGAUAUUGUAUUAUGUCGGCAAAUUGAACUUGCUAUUGUCAAGCGUGGACUAGAAUAUGUAGACAGACAUGAAAAUGUUGUUGAGGCUCUCGAUAUGAAGCCGUCUUCGGUUUCUGUCAACACUCUAGUCGAGAAAGAAACCGACAACAUGGCUGUUGUGGCUAUACGGCUACCAUAG